GACUAUUAGAGCGACUCAGAGAUGGACUGCGUUACCCACAAUGCACCGCGGUGUAUUUGUAUUCCGAUGACGGCCGAGAAUGGAGGCAGUUCUAGCCAAGUAUGAGAAUCAAAUCAACGUAUUCUCUGAGUUCCUGGAAGACCUGCCGGAUGUAGAUGAGCCAGUGUGGAUCUUGGGAGCAUGUUAUGAUCUUAAAACAAAGAAACCAGAGCUGCUCUCGGAUGUGCACUCACGACUGUGGUUCACAUAUAGGAAGAAGUUUUCUCCCAUAGGAGGAACAGGCCCUUCAUCAGACGCAGGAUGGGGCUGCAUGCUCCGCUGUGGACAGAUGAUCCUCGCGCAGGCUUUGGUCUGCAGGCAUCUCGGUCGAGACUGGAGAUGGGAUCCAGAGAAACGUCAGCCCAAAGAGUAUCAUCGCAUCUUGCACUGCUUUUUAGACAAGAAGGAUAGCUGCUACUCUAUCCAUCAGAUGGCUCAGAUGGGCGUUGGAGAGGGCAAGUCUGUCGGAGAAUGGUAUGGACCGAACACAGUGGCACAAGUACUAAAGAAACUUGCUCUGUUUGAUGACUGGAAUACUUUAGCUGUGUAUGUGUCAAUGGACAACACCGUUGUUAUUGAAGACAUCAAGAAACAGUGUAAGCAGCCAGGCCGGGAAAGCAGGUCCAGGGCCGGUCCCUGUGGCCGAGGAGAAGAGACAGUGUCCAGUCAGAGCUGUUUAGAGGCACUUCACCUUCAGUCCCAAAUGCCCCUGGACUGGAGGCCGCUGCUGCUGGUCAUCCCUCUUCGAAUGGGCAUCAACAACAUCAACCCCGUCUACAUUCAGGCCUUCAAAGAGUGUUUUAAGAUGCCUCAGUCAUGUGGUGUUUUGGGAGGAAAGCCCAACCUUGCCUAUUAUUUUAUUGGAUAUAUCGAUGAUGAGUUGAUCUAUCUGGACCCUCACACCACGCAGCAGGCCGUGGACACUGAAUCAGGCAGUGCUGUGGACGACCAGAGCUAUCACUGUCAGAGGACCCCACACCGCAUGAAAAUCACUAGCCUGGAUCCGUCUGUUGCACUGGGCUUUUUUUGCAAGAGUGAGGAGGACUUUGACAGCUGGUGUGAUCUGGUUCAGCAGAAGCUCCUCAAGAAAAGACAUUUGCGGAUGUUCGAGCUGGUGGAGAAACACCCGUCUCAUUGGCCUCCAUUCGUUCCUCCCACCAAACCAGAGGUGCAGACCACAGGAGCAGAGUUCAUCGAGUCCCCAGACAACUUUUUUGAGUCAGAAGAGGAGUUUGAGAUCCUAAAUGUGUGAUCAGUCCACGGAUGAUGAGAUGUCAGUAGGCUUCCUCUGCUCCACACCGCACAAGUGCCUCCGAUCAACACCAAUCACACGCUUCCCAUACGCAAAAACACCAGAAGCACAGCAGAAGUGAGCUCCUUCUGUGGUGGACAGGAACAUAACAAGCCAAGGAUCCCGUAGAUACUUCGUGUGACGCUUGGCCUCAUUCAGAGGUCGUGUAGGAGACUUUUAACUAUGGAAACAAACCGAGAACUCGUUGAGUUUGCAUGAACUUCAUCGUACUGUAUCAUGAAGUGGUGAAGGCUUUCAUCAGGAUUAUAUCUUUACAACCUCAACACACACUUACCUCCUGAUGGGGGGAGAUGGAUAGUAUGCAGACAUCUUUAAUUCAGUGUUAUUCAAGGAAAAAAAAAAGUGCCUCUCUUUUUGACAUAUAUGUGUUUCUGACUGGUAAAGGGGAUGUUUCCUUUCCUUAUUACAGUGGGUUAAUUAUUUCACCCACCUCUGCACAUCUGUAAAUAUGGCUUCAAAUGAUGAUAUUUAAAUAAGUUUAGUGCAAUUAUGAUUGGUCACUUUUAAAAAAUAAAUAAAUAAACUGUAUAGCUAACUAA